ACCCUGAGAAAGCUGACUUUACACCCGACAAACUCCUCCCUCCCUUUUCUCGGUUGGUUAUCGCUUUAAAUGAUCGCGUAUUUAAUAUUAAUGACGUCUUCUACUGGUUCCUAGGCGCGUCAAUCGUAAAGUAGUACUUCUCUAGGUUGGUUGACCCCACUUUUAUAUUAUAUGACUGGGACCAGGGCUGAAAGUAAAAAUGUUGCGGAUUCACAGCAAUGGGACGGGCUGAAUGGAGUCAACGUUGUUGAUUAGAAACUAUUAAAAAUCUGACCAAAAACAUCGGGGCUGUACCAAGGUUUUUUUCUAAAUACGGGACUCUCCGGUUCUUCCUGGAUCGCCAAACCCGCCGUUUCCACAUGCCUCCCUCUCCUCUAGACGACAGAAUAGUGGUGGCGUUGAGGCCGAUCCGACCGCAGGAACUGAAGCUCCGCCUGGACACCGCCCGCUACCUGGACUCCGUCUCCCACGGCAGCGGCCAGACGCUGAUCAGCACCACGGUGGUGGAGAUCCGGGCGACCGAGCUGAGUUAUAUGCCCUCGUCCAGCGGCUCGACCCGCUCCUUGUCCUGUGGCUGCAGCAGCGUCAGCUGCUGUGCGGUGAGCACGUACGAGAAGGGCGGGGCGGCGAGGGUGAGCGUGAGCAGCCCCAAUCUGAGCUCCGCCGUGUGCCUGCCCCCCGGCGCCCCCCCCAUGGUCAACAACAGCGAUGCCCUGACUCCGCCCCUCUCCGCGCCCCUGGCCCCGCCCGCCGUCCGGCCCCCCUCCCCCGUCCGGGUCAUCUACCCCAACGAGCUGGCCCGCAAGAUGACCCGCUCCUACAAGGGCCCCCAGCCGGGGCCGCCCGCGCCCGUCAUCAUCGACUGUCGGCCCUUCAUGGAGUACAACAAGUGCCACAUCCGCGGGGCGGUGCACAUCAACUGCUCGGACAAGAUCAGCCGGCGCCGGCUGCAGCAGGGCAAGAUCACGGUGCUGGACCUGCUGUCCUGCCGCGAGGGCCGGGACUCCUUCAAAGGGCUCUUCUCCAAAGACAUCGUGGUGUACGACGAGAGCACCAGCGAGCCCAGCCGGGCCGCGCCCUCCCAGGGAGCGCCCUCCCAGCCCCUGCAGGUCGUCCUGGAGUCGCUGCGGCGGGAAGGCAAGGACCCCAUCGUGCUGAAAGGAGGGCUGAGCAGUUUUCGGCAGAACCACGAGAACCUGUGCGAUAACUCGCUGCACCUGCAGGAGGCGCUGGACUCAGGCGGGGCCGCGGGGAUCUCUGGGGGCGGGGCGCCCCCGUCGCUGCCCUCCACGCCGGACAUCGAGAACGCGGAGCUGACGCCCAUCCUGCCCUUCCUGUUCCUGGGCAACGAGCAGGACGCGCAGGACCUGGAGCUGAUGCAGCGCCUGAACAUCGGCUACGUGCUGAACGUCACCACGCACCUGCCGCUCUUCCACUACGAGCGCGGCGCGCUCAGCUACAAGCGCCUGCCCGCCACCGACAGCAACAAGCAGAACCUGCGCCAGUACUUCGAGGAGGCCUUCGAGUUCAUCGAGGAAGCUCACCAGGCGGGGCAGGGCCUUCUGAUACACUGUCAGGCUGGCGUUUCGCGCUCCGCCACCAUCGUCAUCGCCUACCUGAUGAAGCACACCUGGAUGACCAUGACCGACGCCUACAAGUUCGUCAAGGCCAGGAGGCCCAUCAUCUCCCCCAACCUGAACUUCAUGGGACAGCUGCUGGAGUUCGAGGAGGACCUGAACAACGGCGUCACCCCCCGCAUCCUCAUCCCCAAACUGAUGGGACUGGAGACCAUAGUGUAAGAGGAGGAGGAAGAGGAGGAGCGGACGGAGAUGAAGAUUUGGCUACCCCGUUGGGACAGGUCAGCCCCUGAGAUGGAGUGUUACACCAUGGGGCCUGAAACCCCCCCUCACCCCAGUCCUUUUUUUGGGACACCGGGGGGGGGGGGGUGGCGUAUUGCCGUGUCGACAUGCUUGUGCAGCAGUGACGGCGACAGCAACCUGGAGGAUCUGAAGUUUUUGUUUUUUUCCUGGACUGUGCUGUACUCCCCAGUUUGUGCUUUUUGGGAGGGGCAAGUUUGGGCUGGUGAAUUAAAGGAGUGGAGUAGGGAGGGGUGUCUGAGGGGGGGGAGGUGAAGAGAGCCUUCUACUCGCCCUCUGUGCAUCCACUACACAGAGAAUAUCACCUGGGAUACAGUUUGAAUUACGUACGACACGUGGAUGCUUGGGUUUUUAUGACGGCAGGCUGUUCUGUAAAGGUCGUAGGAAGAGUGAACACACACACGCACACGCUUGUGCACACAAACACACACAUGCACACAAGCUUGAGACAGAGAGAAAUCCCACAAACGAAUAGACUGACAGAAGAGCUGAGCACUUCCUCUUCUGUGCCGGGGAAGUUGUGUCUCCUGGACCGGCUCUCUGUCUCUGCGUCGGCCUGGCCUUGGGUGUGCUCAGGAGGGCUAACAUCACCAACCUGCCUGUGAAAAAAGUUCCUUUUACUCAUCCUUUUCCUCUUUCUGUUUCUGUUCGUAUUCCUUUUCCUUAUCCUCUUCCUGUUCUUCCUCUUCCUGUGCCACUUCCUCUUCCUGUUUCUGUUCCUAUUCCUCUUCCUGUUCCUCUUACUGUUUCUGUUCCUUUUCCUGAUCCGCUUCCUGUUCCUCCUCCUGUUCCUUUUCCUCUUCCUUUUUUUGUUCUUUUUUUAUAUUGUUUAAACUUUGUGGGGAUGGAGGCGGGUGGGGUGGGGGGGGGCGGGGGGUUGAGGGGGCGCUGAAUAGAGCCUGUCUUCUCUGGCUUUUUGUGCAAUAAUUUCUGAGUGGAAUGCUGAAACAAAACCGAGGAUAGCUGGACCUAAAUGUGUACAGAGUGAGAAUUAAGCCUUUUCCAGCCCCUGGUGGUGAUUGACACAAAACUAUAUAUAUUUUUGUUGUUGUUUUUGGACACCAAUGCUGUGCCAUAUUACCAGGCUCUAAAGUACAUCAGAAUGAUGAGAAGAAGAAAAAACAAAAAACAAGAGGUUCAUUUUAUUAUUAUUUUCCUUCUUUCUGGCACUUUGUACUAGCGUGUGUGCUGUUGUCUGUUGUACGAUGUCAUUUUGUUCAUUCUAUAAAAAAUCAUGAAACCA